UGACAUUUGACAAAUAGACGUCAUAACGUAAAUAUGCCAUAUAAGAAUUAAUCUUGCCAUUUGCAAACAUAAAAAUAAUGUUAAACGCACAUAGUCACACGUUGACAUAAAAUGCUAAUAAUUUAAUACAAGAAACAAGAACAAAAAAUGACCAAUUUACAAGAAGUACCGACAGACGAACUUUUAAAUUUUCAAGAUUUUCCUUCUGUCCAUUCUAGUGGAUCUAAUACAACUAUACCAAUUUCCCAAACACAAAUAACUAUAAACGAUGUAAAAGGUGAUAUGAACGCUAAUGAAAACUUACGCGGUGCUGGAGAUGGCCCAGUAUCAGAUGGAACAGGAAAUCCACCUGAAAAAGCCUUCUGGACAUUAGAAUACUACCAAAAAUUUUUCGAUGUAGACACUUCAGAUGUUGCAGAACGAAUCAUGGCUUCCAUAACCCCAAAAUGGGAUAACACUUUGAAACGUCAUUUACGUGAAAAACCAGACUUAUAUGGCCCAUUCUGGAUAUCAGUUACCCUCAUUUUUAGCAUAGCUAUUAGUGGAAACAUAGCUAAUUAUUUACAACAUUCAGCAAGUGAAUAUCAAUGGAAAUACGAUUUUCAUAUGGUAUCAAUAGCUGCUACUACAAUAUUUUUAUACGUGAUUUUGGUUCCUUUUAUUUUGUGGGCCUUAUUAAAAUAUAGUAUAAGUCCAGUAGAAGAUAUCGAAGGAAUAGAUGAUGAGUUAACUACUGGAGUGUUAGAAAUUAUUUGUGUAUAUGGUUACUCGCUUUUUAUAUACAUUCCAAUAUCAAUUCUAUGGUUCAUACAGAUAAAUUUAUUACAAUGGGGUUUACUAUUAUUUGGUACCUUUGUUUCUGGAUCAGUAUUACUUCUUACCUUAACUCCGGCUUUGAGACUUUCUAAACAUAAAUUUUUAAUUUCUAUAGGUAUAAUAUUAUUUCACUUAUUAUUAGCUGCUGGAUUUAUGUUGCACUUUUUCCAUGGGUCAAAUGAUAUUCCAGCAAUAGUUCCUGUUACUAGUCAUCCGCAUCCAACUCAAGCAUUGGUGCUGGCAGUAGCAAAUGCUUCUAAGUCAUAAAUUUUAUCUAACUGUAUUUAGAUGUGAAUUUAUUGUAAAUAUAAUACCUAAUAUUUGAUUAAAUGUGAAAUAUAUUUA